GGCGCCGCUGCGGGAGAAUGGCCGGUCGGGCCCUUUCCGCCCUUCUGGCGGAUAGGUGCAAGAAGCGAAGGAGGGAAGGAAAAACCCAGCAGGAGCUGCAGGAAGCGGCCCUCCGCCUGUUGAGCUGCCAUCAGAGGCUGGACGAGCUCUUGCUGGAGAAUGGAAGUUCAGAACAUAGCGAGUCUGUACUUUCCAAUAACUUUGGCAGAGGCGGAAGCAAAGCUUCAGUUCCAGAGCAAUUUGUAGUCUCAGCCUUGAAGGAUAAGGCCUCUAUGCUGGGUAUGCCAGUGGGAAUCUUAUCAGCCAGAAUGGCAGCCAACAUCAUUGAGAAGAUCUCUGUGGAGUCUGAUCAAACUACGCUACUGAAUGCAGAACAGAGAAAGAAGUUGUUUUGUUUGUUCCAGUCCUUGAAGGAAUUAAUAACUGAUAAUGCUUUCUGUCAUUUUGUUUUUGCUCAAGAAAUGUGGAAAAUGCAGCGCCCACUUAUUUUGGAAGUUGCAUGGCACCUGCACAGAGAGAACAUUGUUCGUUUGGAAGAAUUACUGGAGAAGAGUCCUGAUAUACCGGCGCUGGUGGAUUGGUGGUCCAGCAGCCUUUGUCUCCUGUGCCAUCAGAUGGAAGAGAUGCCCCUGGGCACAGAGACCGGGCAGAACAUUCUCGCAGACUUUGCUAUUGUGCUCCUUCAGAAUGGAUUUCCGAAAACAUUUGAGUUUGAAAAGAAGUUGGAAAUGAAGAAGAUUUCUGAAAUCUGCUGUGCUGUGCUUGAGAGAAUGUUGGCAUGGGUUCUUGAUGCUGUAGCUAAGGAGAAGCAGGACAGUGCGUCCCCCACACUGAAGGCAGUGAAAUGCUGGCUCCAGGUAUAUAGCAUCAUGGCUUCCCAAGGGACUGUUCCUCCCGAGUCUCUGCAGCAGUUCUUUGGGCACAUCUUCACCCAAGUGCUCACCUACGAUCCUCAUCUGAAAGUGUCCGAUGCCAUCAGUCUGCAGAGGGAAUGGAGCUUUGCCAGAACCAGUUCGGCGCUUGCUACGUUAUACCGCAAACUGUUUGUGGUGUUCAAAGCAGAGGAGCUCAUGCACCGCUUGCAGCAGGUCCUGGAGACAAGCGAAGUGAACUGGCAUCACGUCCUCUCGUGCAUCUCUACCCUGUUAGUCUGUCAUUCCCAAGCAGAGCAGCUGGUUAAAGACCUCCUGGCUGGUCUCUUGAGAAAAGCCUUUGCGAAUUAUGAUUUGGAAAACAUGAUCACGGCCUUCCUAAUCAUCCGCCAGGCAGCCUUGGAAGGGCCUGCUUUAUUCCCCCCUUAUGCAGAAUGGUUUAAGCUCACUUUUGGGAAUGCCAGCAGCCUCCAUGGCAGCAGCAAGAAGGCGCUUGUCUUCUUCUUUAAGUUCCUGACACAGCUGGUGCCCUUCGAAGCUCCACAGUACCUGAAGGUCCACCUUCUGCAUCCCCCGUUCGUGCCCGGCAAGUGCCGCCCCCUUCUGCUGGAAUACGUCACUUUGGCCAAAACCCGCCUGGCAGAUCUCAAGGUGUCGAUAGAAGACAUGGGCCUCUAUGAGAACCUGUCUUCCACGAAGGAAGCCUCCCAGCCAUGCUGUCAAGCUCUUCAAGAUGUUGGAAAGGCCAUUCAGAUAUUCAGAAAUACUGGCAAGAUCCCGGCAAGCGUGAUGGAAGCCAGUAUUUUCAGGCGGACCUAUUAUACCUCUUAUUUCCUUCCUGCUUUGCUUGUACCACGAGUGCUUCCUGAGACCCCUGAUUCCUGCAUGGCUUUGAUAGAAUCCCUCAACAGGGCUGAAAAAAUUCCUCUGAACGCAUAUGCCACUUACAUUGAAGAAUGCGAAGCUGCAAAGAAUAAGCUCCUGCGAGGGGGGUCGGCUGAAGGAGAGGCGAGGGGGCUUAAGGCGCCCUUGGAGUUGCUAAAGGCUGAACUAGAAGCACUGAGGCUGCUCAUCACAGACGCAAACAAGCAUUGUGCAAUUCCAGCCCAGAUUGCGGUCAUCUCUGAGAAGCUGAUGAAAGUUUUGGGACAUGUGAAAGAUGAAGAUGAAGCGGCAACCCUGACACUGAGGGUCAGGCUGGACCUUUUGGCUCCUGAAGUUGGACAAGCGGAUCAAGCGGCUGUUGAUCUUCUGCUGGCGUCCUUUUGUCAGAAUGUAAUGGCUGCCUCUUACUUCCUCCCUCCUGAUAGGCAAGGGUCCUGGCCUUCUCUCUUUGUGAAAAUGAUCUGUGGGCACCGUCCCCUGUUGUCCUCCUUGCUAAGCCGUCUCUGUCAACUGCUCUACCACCAGGGUCCUUCUCUGAGUGAUGCUCACAUCCUGGGCCUGGCUGCCUUUGCGAUUCAUUUCAACGAAGCUGAGUCCUUGCUUCCGCCAGUGGACCUCUGCUUCCCCUCAGCUCCUCGCGCUGCUCUUCACCCAGACCUUCCUCUUGCUGAGCUGUGGGAUUAUUUAUUGGCGUGCAGGUCUGGAGACUCCGCUCUCUUCUGCUUGCGGUUUUGUACUGCAGCAAUUUCAUACUUUCUGUGCAAGUUUCCUUCCUCUUCCCACGAGCGUUUGUGUUCCUCACUUCAUCCUGGUUUUGUAAAAAAGCUUCAGUAUGUCGUGCCACGCCUUUGCUUAGAAGCACGAGGAGCUAGCUGCGAAGGGGACACCGCUGCGUUUCCUUGGAAAAUGUUAUCCUGUCCUACGCUCUGCUACCGAAAAGCUGCCCUCCGCUUGUGGAAACAAACCUGCUUCAAAGAACUCCUGCAGGAGAAGGCGUUCCAACUGACCCUCCCAGAGUGGUUGAGGAUGGAGCUGGAAGUCCUCCCUGACCAAGACAUGCUUUCCGCAAACGAGAG